AUGCUUGACAAAAUCAAAACGUUUGUCUCUCGUCAGGCGGGACAAAAGGCUGGGAAUGCUCUCUCAACCUCCGUAAAUUCUCCACCGAGUCUCAAGGAAGCCUUUAAUCAGGCAGUGAAGAUGACGAGCAAACUGUUUGACGAGCGAGAAUGGCAGUGCCCGUGUGGACACAAGUUCCGUGCCUCCGGUGAGUGGGUGGCGACUCUUCCCAUCUACUGUGAAGUUCCCUCCUGUCCUAAUCCCAAGUACUACGUGGACGGCCCGGGAAGAGCUUUACUGGAGGCCAAUCCCUCCGGAGUGAAGCUCCAAGAAGUGAAGACAGACCCUCAACUGCCUCCCUCAUCCCGGGGUGUUGGCUCGCGCUUCGGCAACCGUUCAAAGUGA